CGAGGGUGGGAGGUGUGCGCGCGCGGGUGCCGCGCCGUGGGGAGCGGCGGUCGCCCCACGGGCUGUCAGCUCGCCCUGCGCCGCCGCCCGAGGGCGCGAGGAGGGACGCGGGCCCGGCCCCGAGGGCCCUCCCGGCCCGGUGAGCCCCUCUGCCCGCCGCCCGCGAGCAUGUCACCUCCAGCGGCCGCGGCAGCCUCCGCCAGCAGCGCCCGCGCCUCCCGCAGCCGCCGCCGCCGCUGCCGCCCCGGGCACUGGCCCCCGGACCCCCGCGCCUGAUCCGCGCCGGACCCUCGCCGGAGGACCAUGGCUGGCCAGGGGGACUGCUGCGUCAAGGUGGCCGUCAGGAUCCGGCCCCAGCUGUCAAAGGAGAAGAUUGAGGGCUGUCACAUCUGUACCUCUGUCACCCCGGGGGAGCCCCAGGUCCUUCUGGGGAAGGACAAGGCCUUCACCUACGAUUUUGUCUUCGACCUGGAUACCUGGCAGGAACAGAUCUAUUCGACCUGUGUGAGCAAGCUCAUCGAGGGCUGCUUUGAGGGCUACAAUGCUACAGUGCUGGCCUAUGGGCAGACGGGGGCUGGGAAGACAUAUACCAUGGGCACUGGCUUCGACGCGGCAACGUCAGAGGAGGAACAGGGCAUCAUCCCGAGGGCCAUUGCACACCUCUUUGGAGGCAUUGCUGAGCGCAAACGCAAGGCACAGGAGCGGGGUGUGGCAGGGCCCGAGUUCAAAGUCAGUGCUCAGUUCCUGGAGCUGUACAACGAGGAGAUCCUUGACCUGUUCGACAGCACCCGGGACCCCGACACCCGCCACCGCAGGUCCAACAUCAAGGUCCACGAGGACGGGAGUGGCGGCAUCUACACCACCGGCGUCACUUCCCGCCUCGUCACCUCCCAGGAGGAGCUGGUCCAGUGCCUGAAGCAGGGCGCCCUGUCGCGCACCACAGCCAGCACCCAGAUGAACGUGCAGAGCUCCCGCUCCCACGCCAUCUUCACCAUCCACGUGUGCCAGAUGCGGGUGUGCACCCAGCCCGACCUGGUGAGUGAGGCGGUAAUGGGGCUUCCUGAGGGCCCGGCUCCUGCAAAUGAGUAUGAGACACUCACUGCAAAGUUUCACUUUGUGGACCUCGCCGGCUCGGAGCGGCUGAAGCGGACGGGGGCCACCGGCGAGCGUGCCAAGGAGGGCAUCUCCAUCAACUGUGGCCUGCUGGCCUUGGGCAACGUGAUCAGUGCCCUGGGGGACCAGAGCAAGAAGGUGGUGCACGUGCCCUACAGGGACUCCAAGCUCACUCGGCUCCUGCAGGACUCACUGGGGGGCAACAGCCAGACCGUCAUGAUCGCCUGCGUGAGCCCCUCAGACCGGGACUUCAUGGAGACGCUCAACACACUCAAGUACGCCAACCGGGCCCGCAACAUCAAGAACAAGGUGGUGGUGAACCAGGACAAGACCAGCCAGCAGAUCAGUGCGCUGCGGGCCGAGAUCGCACGCCUGCAGAUGGAGCUGAUGGAGUACAAGGCGGGGAAGAGAGUGAUUGGGGAGGAUGGCACCGAGGGCUACAGUGACCUGUUCCGGGAGAAUGCCAUGCUGCAGAAGGAGAAUGGGGCACUGCGUCUGCGGGUGAAGGCCAUGCAGGAGGCCAUUGACGCCAUCAACAACCGCGUCACCCACCUCAUGAGCCAGGAGGCCAACCUGCUACUGGCCAAGGCCGGUGACGGCAACGAGGCCAUCGGCGCUCUGAUCCAGAACUACAUCCGGGAGAUCGAGGAGCUCCGGACCAAGCUCCUGGAGAGUGAGGCCAUGAAUGAGUCCCUCCGCCGCAGCCUCUCUCGGGCCUCAGCUCGGAGUCCCUACUCCCUGGGCGCACCUCCGGGUGCCCUGGCCUUCGGCGGCAGCCCAGGCAGCUCCAUGGAGGACGCCUCCGAGGUGAUCCGCAGGGCCAAGCAGGACCUGGAGCGGCUCAAGAAGAAGGAGGUCAGGCAGCGGAGGAAAAGCCCGGAGAAGGAGGCCUUCAAAAAGAGGGCAAAGCUGCAGCAGGACAACAGUGAGGAGACAGAUGAUAACGAGGGCGAGGAGGAGGAGGAGCGAGAGGAGAGCGGCUGCGAGGAGGAGGAGGACUCGGGCAGCGAGGAGAGCCUGGCGGACUCGGACUCGGACCCCGAGGAGAAGGAGGUGAACUUCCAGGCGGACCUGGCGGACCUGACCUGCGAGAUCGAGAUCAAGCAGAAGCUGAUCGACGAGCUGGAGAACAGCCAGCGGCGGCUGCAGACGCUGAAGCACCAGUACGAGGAGAAGCUGGUUCUGCUGCAGAACAAGAUCCGGGACACGCAGCUGGAGCGCGACCGCGUGCUGCGGAACCUCAGCACCAUGGAGUGCUACACCGAGGAGAAGGCCAACAAGAUCAAGGCCGACUACGAGAAGAGGCUGCGGGAGAUGAACCGGGACCUGCAGAAGCUGCAGGCCGCGCAGAAGGAGCACGCGCGGCUGCUGAAGAACCAGUCCCGCUAUGAGAGGGAGCUCAAGAAGCUGCAGGCCGAGGUGGCCGAGAUGAAGAAGGCCAAGGUGGCCCUGAUGAAGCAGAUGCGGGAGGAGCAGCAGCGCCGGCGGCUGGUGGACACCAAGAGGAACCGCGAGAUCGCCCAGCUCAAGAAGGAGCAGCGGCGACAGGAGUUUCAGAUCCGAGCUCUGGAGUCCCAGAAGCGGCAGCAGGAAAUGGUGCUGAGGAGGAAAACCCAGGAGGUUUCUGCUCUGAGGCGCUUGGCCAAGCCCAUGUCUGAGCGGGUGGCAGGACGCACAGGACCGAAGCCACCCAUGCUGGAUUCGGGGGCUGAAGUCUCUGCCAGCACGACCUCGUCGGAGGCUGAGUCGGGUGCCCGCUCUGUCUCCAGCAUCGUGCGCCAGUGGAACCGCAAAAUCAACCACUUCUUGGGGGACCACCCCGGGCCCACUGUCAAUGGCACCCGCCCCGCCAGAAAGAAGUUCCAGAAGAAAGGGGCCAGCCAAAGCUUCAGUAAGGCUGCGAGGCUCAAGUGGCAGUCCCUGGAGCGCCGGAUCAUCGACAUUGUCAUGCAGAGGAUGACCAUCGUCAACCUGGAGGCCGACAUGGAGCGACUCAUCAAGAAAAGGGAGGAGCUCUUCCUCCUGCAGGAGAACCUGCGGAGGAAGCGGGAGCGACUGCAGGCUGAGAGCCCCGAGGAGGAGAAGGGGCUGCAGGAGCUGGCCGAGGAGAUCGAGGUGCUGGCGGCCAACAUCGACUACAUCAAUGACAGCAUCACAGACUGCCAGGCCACCAUCGUGCAGCUGGAGGAGACCAAGGAGGAGCUGGACUCCACAGACACGUCGGUGGUCAUCAGCUCCUGCUCCCUGGCUGAAGCCCGCCUCCUGCUGGACAACUUUCUCAAGGCGUCCAUUGACAAGGGGCUGCAAGUGGCACAGAAGGAGGCCCAGAUACGGCUGCUGGAGGGACGGCUGAGGCAGACAGACAUAGCGGGCUCCUCUCAGAACCACCUGCUCCUGGAUGCCCUUCGUGAGAAGGCCGAGGCGCACCCCGAGCUGCAGGCCCUCAUCUACAACGUGCAGCAGGAGAACGGCUAUGCCAGCACGGAUGAGGAGGUCUCGGAAUUCUCCGAGGGGAGCUUCUCACAGUCGUUCACCAUGAAAGGCUCCACCAGCCAUGAUGACUUCAAGUUCAAGGGCGAGCCCAAGCUGUCUGGCCAAAUGAAGGCGGUAUCAGCUGAGUGCCUGGGCCCCCCACUGGACAUCUCUACCAAGAAUAUCACCAAGUCCCUGGCUUCCCUCGUUGAGAUCAAAGAGGACGGAGUGGGCUUCUCCAUCCGGGACCCCUACUACCGGGACGAGGUCUCGCGCACCAUCAGCCUGCCCACCAAAGGGAGCACUUUCCCCCGACAGUCCCGAGGCACGGACACGUCCCCUCUGACCCGAAGGAAGUCGUAUGACCGAGGGCAGCCUAUCAGGUCCACAGAUGUGGGGUUCACGCCCCCCUCGUCCCCUCCCACUCGGCCCCGUAAUGACCGCAAUGUAUUCUCUCGUCUCACCAGUAAUCAGAGCCAAGGGUCAGCGCUGGACAAGUCUGACGACAGCGACUCCUCUUUGUCGGAGGUCCUGAGGGGCAUCAUCACCCCUGUCGGAGGGGCCAAGGGUGCGCGCACAGCCCCGCUGCAGUGUGUCUCCAUGGCCGAGGGCCACACCAAGCCUGUCCUCUGUCUGGACACCACGGACGAGCUGCUCUUCACAGGGUCCAAAGACCGUAGCUGUAAGAUGUGGAACUUGGUUACGGGGCAAGAGAUUGCGGCGCUAAAGGGCCACCCCAACAACGUGGUCUCCAUCAAGUACUGCAGCCACUCGGGGCUUGUGUUCUCCGUGUCCACCUCCUAUAUCAAAGUGUGGGACAUCCGGGACUCAGCCAAGUGCAUUCGGACCCUCACGUCCUCAGGCCAGGCCAUCUUGGGUGACGCCUGCGCGGCCUCAUCCACCCGGGCCGUCACCAGCACUCAGGGGGAGCACCACAUCAACCAGAUCGCCCUCAGCCCUUCGGGCACCAUGCUAUACGCCGCCUCGGGCAAUACCGUGCGCAUCUGGGAACUCAGCAGGUUCCAGCCCGUGGGCAAGCUGACCGGCCACAUUGGCCCCGUGAUGUGCCUGACCGUCACCCAGACCGCCAGCCAGCACGACCUGGUGGUGACGGGCUCCAAGGACCAUUAUGUCAAGAUGUUCGAGUUGGGUGAGUGUGUGACAGGCACCAUCAGCCCCACCCACAACUUUGAGCCCCCGCACUACGACGGCAUCGAGUGUCUCGCCAUCCAGGGGGGCACCCUGUUCAGCGGCUCCCGGGAUAACGGCAUCAAGAAGUGGGACCUGGAGCGGCAGGAGCUCAUCCAGCAAAUCCCCAACGCACACAAAGACUGGGUGUGCGCCCUGGCCUUCGUCCCCGGCCGCCCCAUGCUGCUGAGCGCCUGCCGCGCGGGCGUCAUCAAGGUCUGGAACGUGGACAACUUCUCGCCCCUUGGUGAGAUCAAGGGCCAUGACAGCCCCAUCAAUGCCGUGUGCACCAACGCCAAGCACAUCUUCACCGCCUCCAGUGACCUGACAGUGAAGCUCUGGAGUGCACGGCGGGUAGCUGGCAGCCCCCUGUAGGAGCAUGCGGCAGAGGACAGCAGAGACACGGCCCUGGGCCCACCGCCCUGGGGACAGAGGGUGUGGGCAGUGGGCGGGGCCCCUCCUCCCCCUUGACCUGAUGGACGCUGUUCCCUGUCCCUCCCUGCCUCCAGGGGAGACAGGUGGGGAGGGAAACAAGCUGUGAAGCCAAAGGGCAUUUUCCCCCCUCACUUCUCCCCCUGCAGCCCCUUGGCCUCCCUCCCCCACUGGCCACACUGCCUCGGGCCUGCGGUGGGGCCCUGUAGGGGGGACAGCCCUGCCAUGCGCCGCCCCCCUGUACUGUGAGGGGGCCUCCCCAGGUAGCCCCAGCCCAGCCUCUGGAGCCACUGCACCUGCCUCUGAGCCCAAAAAGCUAGUCCUCAGGUAAUCAUGGAAACCAGGUGUAGGCAGCCGGACCCUGCAGCUGACCCUUAGCCCUUGGCCACCAAUGGCUAUUCCUCGGUGACCCCAGUAAUUCCUUAGGGUCCCUUUCUGAUGGGGCCAGGGUGGAGCUGCUAGGAAGAUUCAGAAAUACGUCAGCUAUUUAAUUUAUUGUUUUAUUUUUAUUUUUUGCUAUCGCCUCCUGGAAACUGACUUGAAGUUUCUUCCCACACGUUCUUACCCUCAGCUCCUGGGGGCCAGGAAUCCCAAAGGGAACCUCCCCUGUUUGCUUUACAGAAGAGGGAAGCGCCCCCCGUGACUGCAGCUCAGCGCGGCCUGCCCCCCACACUGCCCCUGGCCGUGCAAGCACACCCCUGACCUCCAGCCACCUGAGGCUGUCCCCGGAGGGUGGGGGAGCACCCCCCCACCCCUCCAUGCCCAGAGUCCUGAGCGGGCCAUGGAGGAAGUGGCCCAGAGGACUUGGACGGUGAGGCUGCCUGGCCCUCCCCAGUCCAUGCGCAUCUCCCCCCGACCGGGCAGGAGCCCCUCCAGCUUCUUGCUCCCUAGUUAUUCAGGAGACACACUUCAAGCCUUAAAACCGGCAUGCGGCAAGGAGCCCUACCUUUUAGGUGACUAGCAGUGAAGGUGGAACUUCUCUUCUCCUUGGGGCUGUGGCCUCCCAGCUCCAGAUGUGGUUAAAUCCACAUUCCGGGGUCCCCUGUUGGGGCACCUCUGAAGUUACAGGACUGGGCCCUGGGAAAGGGUCCUGCCCCAUCCCCCACCCCCAACCUGUCCACACAGUUUUUCUGAUGCUUAACUGGCCCUGUGCUUUUUAGCCUCAGUCUGGGGGCCUGGAGCCCCGACUCUGUUCAAAGGACAGUGACUUCUGGACCUUCUGGAGGUGUCUUGGCAUUGCUGUCCUUUCCCCAUGUGGCCAGGGCUGUGCGGGCCCCUGUGGAGUGUGCCAGCACCCAGGGCAGGGGGGGCGGCUCGGCUGUGAGAGGGAAAACACCUGCUGAGACCCAGGUGUGGCCACCACCACCCACCCCGCCCUGCCCAGAGCUGUCCCCCAGGCUUGGAAGGCCGCCCUGCUGUGCUUGGCCGCUGUGGACUCUGCAGUGAGGUCACCGCCCACGGGAUUAUGCACAGGAGGGACCCCAGGGGAAGCCCCCCUCCUCUGGCCAUUCCUGGGUGCUGGGCAAGCCCCUCAACCCCUCCAAAGCAAGUACAAGUCUCUGGCCCUCCCCGUCUCUCUCCCUGCCUGGACAGACAGCCUCAACCCUGCAACUUCAUAAGAAAGAAUCUUGCAUGACUGUUUAUGAACUGUAGAAACAGAAGACUGCACUCCCGCUGUGGGCCCGGGGUCUCCAGCCCGGGACAGCCGCCCUGUAGCCGGGAGGCCUGCUUUUGCACGAGACAUGACCUGGCGGCCUGCAUGCAAGAGGUGCUCGGCAUCAGUGCCCAUUUCCUGCUGUGUCUGGCGGGCCAGCUACCUCGGGGCAGGCCGGCUCUGCUGCCCUGGUGAGCGCACUGACUCUGAACUUGAAGUCCCUCAGCAGCCCUGAGCCGCCCAAGAGCUGUGCUCCAGGAGGGCCAGGGUCUCUGGAGCUCCUUCAGUGAUGCUGCAGGUACACGGUUAGGGGGCAGGCCCCCAGGAUCUUAAAUGUUGGAAGCACAAAAUGGUUGUGAUUGAGCACAAUUGCAGGGCUCGUGGUGGGCAGCCAGGCAAGCCCGGGCCCAGAAGGCUCUUCCAGCUUGGCUCUGUCCAAAGUUAGGGUGAGGAUGCCCAAGUCCGGGGGGCCUGCCCUCGCUCAGACCAGGGCGCCGCCCAGGUCCUAAUUCUGGGAUGUGCCUAUUACUUCUUAAUCUUUGCCCGUCUGAAGACUUGAGUCUGUGCCGCUGCAGGCCAGGCCACAUCAGAGUGCCGUGGGCCAGGAGUCAUGCCCUCUCUCCACCCCAUGCCCUAAAUCUCCGAAUGCCUGAGCCCAGCCUCAGUCCCAGUCUUCUUGAGCCUAAAGAUCCUGAACCCACAAUCCCUGUACUCUGGGCUGAGCCCCACAAGCGCUUCUGAAGCCGAUCGGGGAGCUCCCUGGCUGGAAGGGGUUUUCCACCACGCCACCUGCGUGGCUCUAGCAGUCCUGUGCAGAAGCCCGGUUGUUGGCAUCCCCAGGCCAGUAUUUGCUUUCAUUUGAGCGACUGACUCGUCCAAGGCGGCAUCUGGAGAUGCCUUUGGAAACUGCCAAGGAAGGAGGAAUGGCUAAGAGGCAGAAGAUGGCACACCCCAGCAUUUGAAGGGGUCAGCGUACCACCAUCUACCCCUUGGAAAGGGACAUCUGUGGAUCCGGGAGUGGGCUCCCUGCCCACCAGCCCUCACCGCAGCUUUAAACUAGAGAACCUCCCCCUGGAAUGGCCAGCGGGCAGCUCAAAGCACAGAAGUGCCCUCAGGAGGCUGCCGUCCGGGCCUUCCUCAGGCUGCCCGGUGUGGGGCAGACGCAGACGGGCGGCUGCUGAGUCAGAGGUGGCCUGCUCCCUUCCACCGCACACUGUGCCGACUCCUGGGGGCUUCCUGGCGCGGCCUGGCUGGGCCGGUACUGCGCGCUCGGUCGGCCCCUGCCCGUGCCCUGUGCUGGCUGUGCUGUGAGACCAGUGAGCUCCUUCCCUGUCCCUGGCCCACGCCUGUGGCGUGCGUCCUUUGCCCUCCCAAACGGGAAGCUGCUGGCUGCUCUCUCGGCCUCCUGGUCUGGUCUCAGGAGCCGGUGCUUGCCAGUGACCCCACAGGCCAUCCUGGGCCUGGCCCUCCUCUUCUGACCCCGGACCCCUCACUGCCCUCUGUGUGCGAGGGCAGAAUGUACAGGGAAAGUUCUGCUUCUAUGACAUCUUGUUCUACCCCCACCCACUGCCCACCUCAGAGGACCCCCAGACCCCCGCUCCCGGUCCCGUCCACUGAACCCAUGUCCGAAGGGCCUUGCAGGGAAGUGAGAAUGGCUCCCUGAAGAGCCGAGGGCCAGAGGAGACCCUUGCCCUGAACUGGGGCCCUGCCCUGCCCGCCGCCAGCCCAGGCUGCAGGGCCCCUUUGGCUCAAGCCCUCCUCGCUUUGGGGCUCACUCAAGGUGUACAUAUCUUUUGUACCUCUGCCGAUGACUGUACAUAGUGUUUGAAAGUUAUUUAAGCCUCAUGUUGUACAUUUCUGUUCCUAGACUGUGUGUGUUCUAAGAAGUUGUCAUAAAUAAAACCUGAAUGACUA